GGGGCUGCUCGCACUCUCUCGCUCUUCCUGGCCGUCGCUGCAGCCUCGCGCCUUCCAGUCAAGUCAGGGAGGCAGUCGGCUGGCACGAAUGAGCUCAGCCGAAUUGCACUCAUCAUCGUUCGCCUUUACGCUGGGCACGGAGUAAGUGAGGCAGGCAGGCAGGCAGGCGGGCGGGCAGGCAUGCACAGAGCGCGCGCGAGAGAGAGAGGGAGAGAGAGAGAGAGAUAGAGAGAGAUCAGAGGGGAGGCGAAGGGAGGGGAAAGGUCCGAGGCCAGUGCCUCUGAACUGCAUUGUCUCUCUGCUCUGCUCUGCGGUUUCUGUGGCCGGGAGUCAGAUCACCUGUUCCGUUUCAUUCUGCUGCUGCCGGCUACUGUGCUUUUUCUCUUCGUGCUUUGAAGCUGGGAUUCUCGUGAGCCUGUCACGUCAGGCUUGGAGGUCCGGGUCGGGUCGGGUCGAGUCAUCGGGCUUCGAGGAUUCUGAGAUUCGAAGAUGGCCGUGGACCUGAACUUGUCUCGGGGUUUAAGAGGUUUAUGAAUCACUGCUCGAGGUUCGGAAUAUUUUCUCGAGAAUGGUUUCUAGAUUCAGUACGAGCGAAGCAUCCGAGGCCUGCAAGCCAGCCAGCCAGCCAGCCAGCAGACAUGUCGUUUCAUUCCGGCUCGACCUUCUGAAUGUUCCGUGCACAGCUCUGAGAAUGACUACGGAAUAAAGAGUAGAGCAGUGUAGAGGUCUCCUGCAGUCGCAGAAGGACGAGGGAAGCUCGGGAGGCAGUGCAAUCGGCAUACUAUCGACUCGUGACAAUUCAGUUCCGAGCCGUCCACCUCGUACCUGAGUUCUCUCAAGUAGCCCAUCGAGCUGAAACGAAUUCAUUCGACAGAAGGAGCCUGGAAGUGAAAGAGCUCGGGAAAUUGGAUCGCUGGGUUCUGUCUGCUGCUGCUUCUGAGGGAGGUGAUAGUGGAAGCUCCACGCGAUAGCAUAAUCAUACACCCGAGAGCGUGCUUCCAUUGUGGAUACGGACGAGGCCUCAUCCAUCUUCAUCUUCAUCUUCUGAGGGUCGAGUCUCAUGACGAAAGGGGCGAGCGAGCGGAGUCGGAGGCGAGGUCGCAGUGCGAUGAUGAAGGCACGAGUGUUCUCGACACGAGCGUCGCUGCUGCUGCUGAUCGGUCUGAUCAACCUUCAGUGCGCAGCAUUUUCUCACUACUCGCUGCUGUCACUCCAGACCGUCUCGCAGAAGUUCUCCAAUGUCUUCUUGUCCCAGCAGGGCACUCUGAGGUACAAGUCCGGGGCGCUGUUGUCGGAGGACGAGCUCGAGGACGACGAGAUGGCCACUUUCGACGAAAUCAUGGAGGGCCUGAUGAAGGACAACGGCAUUCCGGGGGCGCAAUUGGCCGUCGCCAAAGGCGGCGAGCUCAAGCUCUUCCAAGGCUAUGGAAUAGCCAAACGUCGGCAGCCGAGGGAUCAUGGAGACGAUCACAACAUGACCACGGAUCACGUGAUGCGAAUUUCUGAUCUCUCUCGACUCAUCACGGGCGUGGCGGUCCUGCAGCUCGUCCAGGACGGUCGCCUGGAGCUUGAAGAUAAGGCAUUUAUGCUGCUGGGCCACCUGGAACCACCCAGCAACUCGAAGAUCGAUCCACGCCUUCAUGAUAUCACCAUACGCCAUCUUCUACAAGAAACUGCAGGGUGGAACGUCAGCGCGUCGGGAAGAGAACCGAGCGUGGUGCCAGGCUCGCUGGAGGUGUCGCAGGCGCUGGGUCACGCGAGUCCGCCGUCGGCCGCGGCCAUCGUACAAUUCAUGAAAGGCCUGGCCCUGGACUUCGACCCGGGCUCUGGCUUGGAGCCAUGCAACUUCUGCUUCCUCGUCCUCGGCCGUGUCAUCGAGGUCAUCUCCGGCCUCCCUUACGAAUCCUACGUCAAGAAGAAUAUUUUCGACGCGAUCGGAGCGACGUCGUUCAGAAUGGGGGAGACGAAGCAGGAGAAGCUGGCGGCGAAGGAGGCUCACUAUUAUGGACAGAACGGGCAGACGUCGAGCUGCCUCUCGGUGUACCCGGGGCAGGGAUACGUGCAGUGCGACUACGGGUUCGGGGACCUGAAGGUAUCGGCGAAUUCCUACGGCGGAUGGGUCGCCAACGCCAAGGACCUGGCCCUCCUGGCGCUCCACAUCGACGGCAUUCGGCAGCCGGCGCUCCUGAGAGACGAUCUAGUCCGUGAGAUGCUGCACGCCCGCGUCCCCGAGAACCGGCACGGCCUUUCCCAAGGUAUGCUGUGGACCGUGCGGCUGGCGGGCGACGGCCGCGUCCGCAGCCUGGAGCAGAGCGGCGGCGCCAUCCCGGGCUCGCACUCGCUGCUGCUGCGCCUGGUGGACGACGACGCCACCAUCGCCUACCUCGUCAACUCGCGCCCCGCCCGGCUCGACGACUUCAUGGUCUCCGCCUCCGAGAUCCUCUCCCUGCUCGCCCGCAGCAUCCGAAAUUGGCCAGUUGACGAUCUCUUCCUCGGCCCCCGCCUCCCCGACGAUCAUCUCCUUCUGAAGCGUAGCAAAAUCUUCCGCUGAGCGCCUGCAGCAUGCGGCGGCCACGGGAAAUGUAAUUUUGGCGAGGCUCGGUCGGUCGUUCGGUCGGAUUCACUCUAGUGAGCUCCGCCGAAGCGCGAGGUGUAAUUCAUUGUAAAUAUAUGUUCAUUUCAUUGUGCUCUCCUUCGAUCCAUCGAUCCAUCGAUUCAUCGAUUCAUUCAUCACGAGAUUUGAAGUCGUGACACAGAACGCUAACCAACCUUCGAAUUCCUCGACUAGAAAAAACCCCGAGCUCGAGAUCGUGUGCAUGUCGUUGCCCGCCGCUGCGAAUGCCUUCAAUGCCACAAUUUCAGCUUACGGGCAGAGAUUCGAAUCAAAUCAAAUCAAAUCAAAUGCCCAAAGAGCCAUCGCAUGGGGAUCGCGUGUGCUUAAGUCCUCCUGGGAUUUGAGCCCUGUAUCAGAACCCCUUCCUGGCCUUUUCAUCGACGGGCUGAACUCGGUGAGGUCGCCAGCUUCGUAGCCCAAUGGAAUGAAUGUCCCUCGCCCCAGGUUCGAGACAUGCGAUUUUCAACGACCGCCGGUGCAGUCAACUUCCGGUGUACGGGAUGGCUGUUGAGCUGUAGACAGGAAGGACGGCAAGUUCAGGACAUGAAUUCUCCACGGUCCCGAUUCGCCGCUCUACGACCUUGGUCAGACCAAUGAAAGCCCUCAGGCUGCCAAGCUCAUAAUAAAUUGGCACGGGCCAUGAACAGGAAGCCCAAUUCGGCGUCGUGGACUUUCGUUGUCAAGGAAGGCAGCACGGAGAUACGUAUGGACACGCUGAUCAUGAUAAUGGGCCUGAAUUCGUACAUCUGUGAUAACAGUGUACAGCAGAGUUUUGGUCUGAUUACAUGGAGUGGAUUCGAGGAUAAGCGGAUGUUUCGGUGGCUCGUCGGCGCCGCAGCGGUGUAAAGUUGGCUUCGUCCAGUUCGUGACCCACCAUUCCUGGUAAGGAAAUUUUACCAUCGGGAGGACGAAUUUGCAACCUGUGCAGGAAAGAGCGACGUCUUCAUACAUUUUUCAGGAGUUAGAGCAACACGUGUCGCACGAGGAUAUGACGGCUUUGUGUAAUUAUACGAAACGUGGAGGCAUUUGUUCUCAUGAGCUUAUUCUACCCUCGUGGAAUAUGCAAGUAGCUGGAUCAAAGUGAACGGCAGAGGCUAAAUGGGGAUGAAUGCAGAGCCUCGAUGAGCGAAGAGGAACCCAGCAUCCGAGAAAGUCCGAAUGGAAGCAAGACUAACAAGGUUUCGGUAGAUGUAGUAGCAAAUUGUGAGUAUUUUUGUAUUCCUAUGAAGUGUAUGAACGGGUGAUUUACGGACUCGAUUGUCAAAGAUCACGGCCACGGCCACUCGAAUUAGAAAGGGACAUCUUUGAUUUAUACUUCGGGUAAUGGGAGUCCAUACAUCCUGCAGAUCACAUGUGACCUUGUGAGUUAUGGUUAAAUGGC